GCUGAUCCCACACAGACCCCAUUCCUUCUCUAUCUGUGAACACGGAGCACACCGAGUAACUACAAUGGCCAGAACCAAGCAGACCGCCCGUAAGUCCACCGGAGGAAAAGCUCCCAGGAAGCAGCUGGCGACCAAAGCUGCCCGUAAGAGCGCCCCGGCCACCGGCGGCGUGAAGAAGCCCCACCGUUACAGGCCCGGUACCGUGGCUCUGAGGGAGAUCCGCCGCUACCAGAAGUCCACCGAGCUGCUGAUCCGCAAGCUGCCCUUCCAGCGCCUGGUGAGGGAGAUCGCUCAGGACUUCAAGACCGACCUGCGCUUCCAGAGCUCCGCCGUCAUGGCGCUGCAGGAGUCCAGCGAGGCUUACCUGGUCGGCCUGUUCGAGGACACCAACCUGUGCGCCAUCCACGCCAAGAGGGUCACCAUCAUGCCCAAAGACAUCCAGCUGGCCCGCCGUAUCCGCGGAGAGAGGGCUUAGACUGACCUGAGACCAGCCGAGAGGCACCACAACGGCUCUUUUAAGAGCCACUCACAGACUCUGACUGAGCUGCAGGUCCUGUUGAUUUAGACACAUUAAUAUACAAGUUUAUUGGAUUAACAAAUGCAUCUUUUUUUACUUAUUUAAUCUGUUUCUUUCUUAUUGGCUUUUGAUCCUGACUUAUUAGCUUGAUGAUAAAUAAGGAUUACUUAGGAUCACACUAGUUUGAGUGGCUCUUGAAAGAUGCAUUUGAAGAUGUAUCAUCCAUCAACUCUUCAAUUACCCUUGAACCAUGUUGUGCUCAGCACCUUCAUGGACCCUUCCUAUAAAUACAUGGAUCAGGUCUUUCUCUCA